AUGGCCCCCAAAUUUCCAACGGGACGACCGGAUGAAUGCAAACAUACCUUUUGUUUCCUGUGUAUAAACGAUUGGGUAAAGAGACGCUCCGAAUGCCCUUUAUGCAAAACCAAAAUUAAGUUUAUCAUCAAAACGACGAUAUCUGGUGUUGAAACGAAGGUGAAAGUGAAACAGCGGACUGAAGCACAAUUCUCUCGUGAAUUAGCUAGUGCCUAUGAGGAAGAUGGAAAUCAGGAAGAAGUAGAUAUCACGAUUGCAUUUGCUGUAUGUCGAGUUUGCCACCGAUCGGACAACGCAGACCGUCUGUUAUUGUGUGAUGGCUCUGUGGGACGAGAAAUAGAUGGCUCAAUUAUACGUUGCAACGCUGCGUAUCAUUGCUACUGCCUUCCUGAACCGCUCAGUGACGUUCCACGUGGGAGGUGGUAUUGUCCCUUUUGUGUUGACAUGAGAGAAACUCAGCGCGGUGUUUAUAAUCGUCGUUACGCAGAAACGACAGAGUCGUCAAACAGGUCUCGCCCGUCUACAUCGCAUCUGAUUGAUUUGACGCAAGCAGAUCUACCAGGUCCCAGCGGUGUUCAGCGUCAUCCGAACACGAGACGUAUUGUUGUAAAUGAUGAAGAGAGUUUUUCUGAAGAGAUGUCUUCCGAAGAAGACAGUCAUGAAAGCAGCGAUGACCAGUUGCCUGAUGAGGAGUCUGAAGCUUCUUUCACGCCGGAGAACGAAGGCAACUUUUUAGAGUCAUCUGAAUGUGAAGACGAAGAAGAUUGGGAAAGCAUUGAUCGUUAUGUUUUGAGUAGUCCACAUGCAAGUAACGUUUCCUCUAGUCCAAGAACUGCUGGUAUAUCUCGGGGUCAGAGGACAUUAGCGAUGGUGCUUGGUAUCAAUCCUGAGAUCGGUGGAAGGCCGAGGGAUGCCAGGUAUCCAGCAGAUGGGAUAGUUCGAGGGAGAUUCGGCGCUCCAGCUCUUUCCCUGCUUAGUGGAGAGUACGAUGAGCUUCCAGUGCCAGAAGAGGACGUAGGUGGGGAUCUGAUUGGUUCGAUAAUGUUCGAACAGACAAAAACCCUUGCUCCAGCACGAUUUCAGAAGGUGGCUCGCGACGGCAAAAUUCUUGAAACUGAAUUGAUGGUUGAACAUAGAAAAAAAGUAGAAAAGAAAAUUUCUGGAAAUCAGGCUUUUGCAGCUCCCAAAGUAAUGAAUGCACCUAAUACUGCUAGCAAGUCGGAUGACCAUAGUAACAGAUUCAAUAACCGAAAGAAUCGGCCAUCCAGAUGGGGUUCACCUACGCCUACGGGCGACCAUAACUCUGCUACUAAUACAGCAUCUAUACCUUUACCCACGGGACCUCCUAUGCCGCAGAAAACUCCAUUAGAUUUUAUACCGGUUCCUCAGUCCAGUGUGGUCAGACCUCCGAUUACUUCACCGAUAAAUCUCAAUAAUAGGCCUUCCGCUUUAAACAGUAAGGGCACGCAACCAGCGGUACCGCAAUUGGGUACUCUUUCGGUUCCUCAGUUGCCGUUAUCACCGCAGCUUUUUCCUGGUAUACUCAUGCAACCACCGCUAACGCUUGGUUCAGUUAAUGACUUGCUAGCAGCUGGUUUGAUAGGGAAUGCCGCACUAACGGCGCCGCCCGUCUCUCAAGCUCCUUCCUUCGUUCUUGGUCAGGUUGGCAAUCAAAGUCAGGACUUGACUCAACAUCUCGCGAAUCUUGCGUCAUCGCUGCACCCUUUGAAUGCACAUCCUCCAAGAUUACCUGUGAGUGGUGUGCCUCCGCCUCCCCCGACCGUCUCGAACGGCAAACCGGACGUUGAUCUUUCUAUAUCGAAGCCGUUGGCAGAAAAAAUAAGGCAAAUUGCCGAAGGCGCAGAGCUUCGCCCGCUAGUUGAAAGUGAGCGAACCAAUGUGAAGAAAGAGGAACAGAAAGGAGUUGAUGAGUUGAAACAUAAUGAGUCAGGUCGGAAGAGUGCUAGUGCGGAAGAAGAAGAAGAAACUAGUGAUGCGGACGUCAAAGUUACUACUUCAAAAGGACCAAUGUUUGAUCAAGCUCGUCAGAUGCUAUCUACUUCUUUAAAAAAAAUUUUCAAGAAAAGGUUAAUAACAAAAGAUGAGUAUAAAAUGAUUAUGAAGAAAGGCGUGACGGCGCUUUCACAGAGGACAAGGCUCAAUCAGGCUAAAGUCGAUGACUACGCAAAUAAAUACGUUCAAUGUGUCAUCCAUAGAAGAAAGAAAAAACGUUAA